CCCCGCCUCUGCGCCCUCUGCCCGCCUCCUGUCCCCGAGUCCUCUCCAUGGCGGCGGCCAGACGCACGAGCUCCGGGAGCGGGGCCCUCUGCCGGCAGCUCCUGCUGACCCUCGCGAUCUUAACAUUUUCCUGUGAUGCCUGCCAAAAAGUGACCUUGCAUGUUCCCUCCAAACUAGAUGCUGAGAGAUUAGUUGGCAGAGUUAACCUGAAGGAGUGCUUUAACACUGCGAAUCUAAUUCAUUCGAGUGAUCCUGAUUUCCAAAUUUUAGAAGAUGGUUCCGUCUAUACAAGGAAUACUAUUCUUCUGUCCUCGGCAAAAAGAAGCUUUACCAUAUUUCUUUCCAACACUGAGAACCAAGAAGAGAGGGAAAUAUCUGUCCUUUUAGAGCAUGAAACAAAGAAAAAGCAUUCUCAAGAAAAAGUCCUGAGACGUGCCAAGAGAAGAUGGGCUCCUAUCCCCUGUUCCAUGCAAGAGAAUUCCUUGGGUCCUUUCCCUCUUUUUCUUCAACAGAUUCAAUCCGACACAGCACAAAACUAUACCGUGUUCUAUUCAAUAAGAGGGCCUGGAGUUGACCAACCACCUCAAAAUUUAUUUUACGUGGAAAAAGAUACUGGAAACCUGUUUUGUACUCGUCCUGUGGAUCGCGAGCAGUAUGAAUCUUUUGAGAUAAUUGCCUUUGCAACCACUCCAGAUGGAUAUACUCCAGAACUUCCACUGCCCCUGCUAAUCAAAAUAGAGGAUGAAAAUGAUAAUUACCCAAUUUUUACGGAAACAAUUUACAUUUUUACAGUUUUUGAAAACUGCAGAGCUGGUUCUACUGUGGGCCAGGUGUGUGCAACUGACAAAGAUGAGCCUGACACAAUGCACACACGCUUAAAGUACUCUAUUAUCGAGCAGCUGCCAGCAGUGCCCACCCUAUUUUCUAUGCAUCCAACCACAGGUGUGAUCACCACGUCUUCAUCUCAGCUAGACAGAGAGUUAAAUGAUAAAUACCAGUUGAAAAUAAAAGUUCAGGACAUGGAUGGUCAAUAUUUUGGCUUGCAGACGACUGCAACUUGUAUCAUUAAUAUUGAAGAUGUGAAUGACCACCUCCCAGUAUUUACUCGUUCUUCUUAUGUUACAACAGUGGAAGAAAAUACAAUUGAUGUGGAAAUCUUACGUGUUACUGUUGAAGAUAAGGAUUUAGUUAACACUGCUAAUUGGAGAGCAAAUUAUACCAUUUUAAAGGGCAAUGAAAAUAGAAAUUUUAAAAUUGUAACUGAUUCCCGAACCAAUGAAGGAGUUCUGUGUGUAGUUAAGCCACUGAAUUACGAAGAAAGACAACAGGUGACCCUGCAAAUUGCUGUAAUGAAUGAAGCUCCGUAUUCUAAAGAAGUCAGUUCGAGAUCCACUAUGAGCACAGCAACAGUUACCGUGAAUGUGAAAAAUCAGGAUGAGGGCCCUGAGUGCAACCCUCCAGCACAAACUGUCCGAAUCAAGGAAAAUGCACCCAUAAGCACAACGAACAACGGAUACAAAGCGUAUGACCCAGAAACAAGAAGCAGCAGCGGCAUAAGCUAUAAGAAAUUAAGUGAUCCUAAAAAUUGGGUUGAUGUGGAUGAAAAUUCAGGAUCGAUCACAGUUUUAAGAAGUCUGGAUAGAGAGGCAGAGUCCAUCAAAAACGGUAUAUAUAAUAUUACAGUGAUUGCAUCAGACAAAGAUGGGAGAUCAUGUACUGGAACACUGGGAAUUAUACUUGAAGACGUGAAUGAUAAUGGCCCUUACAUACCUAAAUCGACGGUGGUGAUCUGCAAAUCCACCAUGUUGUUUGCAGAGAUUGUGGCUGUUGAUCCUGAUGAACCCACAAAUGGCCCACCCUUUGAAUUCCAGUUAGAGACUUCUGAUACACAAACACAGAGAAUGUGGAGUCUGACAAAAGUUAAUGACACUGCAGCAAGAAUUUCCUAUUACAACGAUCCUUCCUUUGGGCGCUACGUAGUGCCAGUCAGAGUUACAGAUAGGCUUGGUCAGUACAGAGUCACUUCCCUGGAUGUGGUCCUCUGUGACUGUGUGACGGAAAAUGAUUGCACACUUCGCACAGAUCCAAGGACAGGCGGUGGAGAAGUAAUACUUGGAAAGUGGGCUAUCCUUGCAAUAUUGCUGGGCAUUGCACUGCUGUUUUGUAUCCUAUUUACAUUAAUUUGUACGACUUCUAGGGCAGACAAACAACCAAAAGAAUUUCCUGAUGAUUUAGCCCAGCAAAACCUAAUUAUAUCAAACACUGAAGCUCCUGGAGAUGACAAAGUGUAUUCCAUAAGUGACUUUACAGCCCACGGUGUGGGUGCUUCUGCUCAGGGGACCUGUGGCACCCUGGGAUCGGGAGUUAAAAACGGAAGGCAGGAGACCAUUGAGAUGGUGAAAGGAGGACAUCAGACCUUGGAGUCCUGCAGGGGGGUCGGGCACCAUCAUCACACCCUGGAUUCCUGCAGGGGAGGACACGUGGAGGUGGACAACUGCAGACACACCUACUCCGAGUGGCACAGUUACACUCAGCCCCGUCUGGGUGAAAAGGUGCAGCUGUGUAACCAGGAUGACCAUCACACGCAUGCGCAAGACUACGUUCUUUCGUAUAACUACGAAGGAAAAGGAUCUGUAGCUGGUUCUGUGGGUUGCUGCAGUGAGCGACCAGAAGACGAUGGGCUUGAAUUCUUGGAUUAUUUGGAACCAAAAUUUAGGACUCUAGCAGAAACAUGCAUAAAGAGAUGAACAUGUUCUAUGUCCACAAAAGCCAGUGGCUCUAUUACCUUGGAUAUUUUUUCAGUUACAAAGGAGAAUUAUUUUUAAAAAAUGAAAGGUGUUAUGUUUGGGGUCCUUACCCCCUUUAUUUUGAUGGAAUCUUUUUGUCUAAAUCACAUUUACAGAAAGACUCUAAAUAAAUAUAAAAACCUUUCAGUUUUUACAUAGAUUAUAGUAACUUGGCUUCCACAAAGGAGAUUAACAGAUAGAAAGAUAAGGAAGUCUGCAUUAUUGUUUACAUUUGGGUAUUACAGAAAAAAUUAAGGAAGCCUGCAUUAUUGUUUACAUUUGGGUAUUAUGAGAAUAGCCAAUUUCUAAUACAGAAAAAUGCUAUUUAUUCGAAUCUGUAUUAGAGACUCCUCAAAGUAUAACAAAAUAGAAGAUUGUAGAGAACUUGCUUUAUACUGUCUCCAGUUAGCUAGUUGGGUGGUGCUUUAAAACGGUUGUUCUCCUAAACAUUAUAAAGUGCAUAUACUGCACUCUUGAUAUUGUUUUAUUCUUGUAAAAGGACUCUUUUCUCAUAAUGCAAAGGAUGAUUUCCAACAGGCAUUGACAGUUAUUGUAAUUCCAUCUUGGUGGAGCUUAGUUUUAGAUUUUCUUCUAUAAAAAAAAAAUCAUGCACUGAAUCUCCUCUCCUCUGUUACCUACUUUGUCAGCGAAACUUUAAGAUUCAACUUUCAGAAGGUACUUUUACUCCUGCAAGUUUUUUGUCUGUAAUAUACUAAGUGUUCUCUUGCUCUUUCUUCUCUGCUUUAAAAUUUCUAGUUUUAUUGAAGAAUCCUAGUAUUUUAAAAAGCUAUCUCUCUUUUCAUUUUGUGAAGUAAAUUAUUUUUUUUGUCUUAUGUAAUGUAUUCUUGGUUUUUCUUAAAGUCAAUGUAUUCUUGGUUUUUCUUAAAGUCAGUGUAUUCUUGGUUUUUCUUAAAGUCAAUGUCACGUUAACUUUAUUGUGUGAAAUACAUUGGUGAUUUCUUCAUUAUCUCAACAAAGAACCUUAAAUUUUGCUAUUGAAACUGUGGAACUGUAUCAUGCUUUUAUUAGAAACAACAUUAUGUGUUAACAAAGGAGUUAUUGUAAUUGUAAUUGGGAUGUGGAUAUUUAGUAUAUGUUAACACAUUUAAAAGUCUGUAUCUUUAAUGCAAGAGAGUGAUGUUUUUCUAAAUAAGCUUUAAAAUACAGGGUUCUAUUAACUGUUUUUUAAGUGUUUAAAAGAGAUGGCUAGUCAUGUCUAUAUAUAUUUGUAAAGUUAUUUUUUAAUAUUUUAAGAUAUAGAAAUGGACCAAAGCAUUUAAACUUUAAAACAAUAAGAUAAAAUUAAGCUUAAUAGCCAACCAAAUCCAGGUUAGGUUUCACGACUUAUUUCAGUUAAUGAAUUCUCUACACUAAUGCAACGGACAUUUUAAAUAUUU